AUGGCAUUUCCCUCACUCUUUUUAGCCUCGGCGUUGCUUUUCACUUCAUUCUGGUGUCCUACCUUCGCUCUCCAGCUACCAGCCCACAUCGACGGGUGCAUCCACCUCCCUGUCAUCCACUCGACCAAUGUCGAGCACUUCUCCAUCAAGCGAGGCAUCCAGCUCCAGCUAGCGAACCGGUCUGAUGUUGCCUAUUAUGCUCAGCUCAGCAUCGGCUCACCCCCACAGCCCGUAUUCGUCCAACUAGACACGGGCUCAUUCGAACUAUGGGUAAACCCAGACUGCACAACCGUGACCGGCUCCGACGCCGCCUUCUGCGACCGAGCAGGGCAAUACGACGCGACCCAAUCCUCCUCCGCCGUCUCCCUCGGCAGCACCCGCACGCUCCGAUACGGCAUAGGCUCCGCCAACAUCUCCUACUUCACCGACACCAUUUCGCUCGUCGGAAGCCCCAACGCCCUGCAACAAGUCCAAUUUGGCGUGGCCACCGCGUCGGAGGACGCCUUCUCGGGGAUUCUGGGUAUUGGAUAUGGCCAGGACAUCGCCACGCGGUAUCCUAAUUUUGUGGACCAGCUGCAGGCGCAGAAUGCCACGCGUGUGAAAGCCUACACCCUCGCUCUUGGUAGUAAAGAUGCCCGUGAGGGGGUCAUUGUUUUCGGGGGUGUGGACACGGCCAAGUUUGCGGGGCGUCUGGCGAGGCUACCCAUCAUCCCAGCGGCGCAAUCCCCGGACGGUGUCCCGCGGUUCUGGGUGACCAUGCAGUCCCUCGCUCUCACACCCCCCAACGGCGUCACUACCGUCUACUCCGCUGGUGGCAGCAGCAACAGCAGCAACAGCAACAACAAUAGCGACACCCCCAACGACAUGCCUGUCUUCCUCGACAGCGGCUCAACCAUGACCCUCCUCCCCUCCGACCUAACAGCCGCGGUAGCACGGGACUUUGGGGCGUCAGCGCCUGACGCCAACGGGUUUUACCGCAUCGACUGUGGGCUGACAGCGCUGAACGGGACGCUAGAUUUUGCAUUUGCUGGGACGACGAUCAAGGUGCCAUAUAAGGAGCUGAUAAGGGAGGUGGCGAGUGAUCCGCCGGCGUGCUUUUUGGGGAUUAUGGCUAGUGAGAGGUUUACGCUGCUGGGGGACACGUUUUUACGGUCGGCUUACACCGUCUUCGACCUCGAAACAAACGCCAUCUGGCUCACCCAAGCCGCCAACUGCGGCGCCGCUCCCGCCGCGCUCAACACCGUCCAGGCGCUGUCCACCAUCACCGGACAAUGUGGGGGUGCAGAUGAUACCGCUUCACAGGAACCGCCUAGUUCGACGGUGGGGAAUGCUAAUGCGGGCGCUGCGACUACGGCGUUCAACCAGUUGUUGAUGAAUGACUUUUGA